CAUGCACACAAACUGACGAGUGUACCGGAUAUGGUGGCAAUUGCAGUAAGAUCUCAGCUGGAUGUUCGGGCACUUCCUAUGACGCAGGAUGCGCAGCUUCAACUUGCACUUGCUGCAUUGCUGAUACUUCUACUUGUGUCACACUACCUGCCUGCGGAGAUGCUGGCGGGUCGUGCAUUGCUCCUUCUGAAUCGGGCAACUGCACAGGUGUUCUCGACCCCAAUGGCUGCCUUGGAGACAGCUGCUCCUGUUGCAAGGGAGGAGAGGAUUCAAACGAAAGUGGCUAACCCUUGCAACCAGAGGAGUGAGAACUGGCGUUGUCCCCUGCUAGACUGAGAACCAUUAAUUAUGAUUACUAAUUUGACUGAAAACAUUCUUUUCAUCCUAAUUAUAAAUUGAAGAAUCUUAAAUUGAAAACUUCUGUUAUUUCUUAAAUAGGUUUUAUGAUUAUUCUGCAAAUAAAUUUAGCAUGCAAAAUA